AUGGCACAAACUCACGCUUACUACGAGGAAAUCGACAGUAUACCCGCAUCCGCCGCCAACCAGACCAGCCCGUUCCGCAGCGAAUGUUGGUGGAUCAUUCAUCCAGUGACUUGCGUAGAAGUACUGGAUUUGAGUACAAGGGUGCUGGUGGAUUUGAAGCUGUGGAUUGAGGAGACCGUGCCGAAUAAGCUGUUUGUUAGGAAGAGUGGGACUAUCAUGGAAUUCAAGGGUGUGCGAGAAGAGACGCUAGGAAAUGUAGUGAGUGAGUUGAAAAAGAGGAAAGACAGGGGGGACUUGGAGAGCGAGGAAGGGUAUGUGGGAGGUUGGCAGGCCGUUGGUCGAGACGGGGAGGAGAUGGCUAAGGAAGUGACGGACGAGGAUGACAACGAUAGGUGCGAUGAGGUAAACGUGAGGAAACAGAAGAAAGUAAACAGACUGAGCCGGAACUCCGAUGCGCAGUUGGAAGAAGCUGCUGCUGCCGGGCGAAACGCUGCCGAGGAAGCGAAAGUGAAGAAUGAAUACGAGUAUGUAUUCUAA